AGUUUGUGUCAGUUGGUCGAAGGAGUAGGUGGUGUCUUAUUUAAGUACGACAAAAUUUCGAAAUAAAAUCAAACUACGAAAGUCAAUUGCAGUAAAAUGACUCUGACACAACGAACUGUGAUAAUAUUUAUCUUAGUAGGUUUUAUCAAGUGCCAAUCGUUAAACGAUCUUGACGUGGAUGUGAAGAAAACGUUGGAAAAAGCAGGCCUGGGUUCAGAUAUAGGGGAUUUACCGGAUUUCAAUUCGUCGAGCAUUCCUAAUGCAGAAGACAUCGAAGCAGUGCUGAGAGAAAAGUGCGCCAAAAACGGGGCCCCGGACGCCAUCGAUCUACUUAUGGCGGAACAAGCGGAUGCUAUAGAAUGUAUUCAAAACUACAUAAACGCAACGAAAAUUCAAACGGAAUUAGAGGAUGCCAAAGCGACCGGGUCUAUGGACGAAGUGUUUGCCGAAUAUUGUAAAAAAUGGCCAGACAUCCACGAGUGCUUCGACAACGCCACCAACAUAGCCAGACAAUGCUUGAACAAGCAAGAAGAGAGCGCUUUGAACAAGAGCCUGGAUAUUCUGGAUGAAUUGCAGGAAUUCAUGUGCUUUAAGGACGGAGAUCGAUUAGCAAUGUUUAUUUCCGAAAAAGGAGUGGAAUGUCUGCAGGAGAGGCAAGACGGUCUGAAGGACUGUUUUAACCGGACCGUCGGAUCGAGAUUCCCGGACCCGGAAGAUUUGUCGGUUACUACUUUGCCAGUGCUUUUAUUUACGGAACAAGAUUGCGAGGAUUUCGAUACGUUAAGGCAGUGCGUAAUUGAGGAAUUGGAACAUUGCAAAACCAGCACUCCUGCGAAUAUAAUCGAUGCUUUGUUCAAGUUCCUGAAGAAGCAUUUGCCCUGCUCGGGUGCUGUUAAAACUGACAAAUCGGUAAGUAAAGAUUCUGGUAUGUGGAGUUCGUCGGUCAGCUUUGUUUUAUUAGUCGGAUCGUUUUUAUACAUCAGGGUGUUUUAAAUAACUAUUUAUUUUUACUGUUUUUACCAUGGUACAUUUUGGGUUAAUUUUGUUAAUUUGUACUUAUGGUUUUCGAAAAUUGUUGUAUCUUUUCUUCGUUUUUUUCAAGUGUUUUAGCGUGGCAAAAAAAUUAUAUAUAUUUGACGAAUGUAAAAAACAGAACUUUUGCAUUUGCGCUAUAUCAAAUUAAAACAUAUAUCUAAUCCAUUCAAUGUAGAAAUAUGUGAUAUUUACUGUAAAUUUUUUAUUUUGAAAAUAAAUAAACGACCAUUUUUUUAUUCA